AUGGAAGUGGAAGAGAGAGAGGGACCAUCAAUUAUAGCUGUGGUGCAUGAGUUUGAGGACGUGUAUCCACAUGAAGUACCUGGGUUACCUCCUAGUAGGGAGGUGGAGUUCUCUAUUGACCUAGUACUGGGGAUAAGUCCGAUAUCGAUGGCUCCAUACCGCAUGGCUCCGGCGAAGUUGGAGGAACUUAAGAAACAGAUAAAGGAACUAAUGGCGAAGCAGUUUAUCCGACCCAACACUUCGCUGUGGGGAGCACAAGUGUUGCUGUGGGAAAGUCCUAAGUUGGCCACAAAGAUCAAGAGCUUUGUGGGGUUAGCGGACUGCUAUAGGAGGUUCAUAGAGGGAUUCUCCAAAAUAGUGGCACCUCUGACACUGCUUACUCGGAAGGACCAACCCUUCACUUGGACAGAUAAGUGCGAGGAAAGUUUCCAGGAGUUGAAGAGAAGAUUGACUAGCGCUCCAAUAUUAGUGAUCCCGGAUGUCGGGAGGCCGUUCGAGGUCUACUGUGACGCCUCCCACCUCGGACUUGGUUGCAUUUUAAUGCAGGAGAAGAAGGCUGUGGCAUAUGCCUCGAGACAACUCAAGGUGCAUGAGAGGAACUACCCCACUCAUGACUUGGAGUUGGUGGCGAUAGUCUUUGCCUUGAAGAUUUGGAGGCAUUAUCUUUAUGAGGUAGAAUUGCUGGAGAAGUUCAGGGACAUGAGGCUACAAGUGGAGUUGGGGUCUGAGUCCAUUAGGUGUACUACCCUUACUAUAUCUAGUGACUUCUUGAGCUCAGUGAGAGAGAGGCAGUUAUUAGAUGCCAGCCUAAAUAGAGUCAGAGAACAGCUUGGGUCAGAUGAGACUAGAGAUUUCACUUUGGGUAAUGAUGAUAUCUUGAGGUUCCAGGGCAGGAUCUGUAUACCCAAUGAUGCUGAGGGUGAGGUAUUACCUUUGAUAGAGUUCACCUACAACAACAGUUUCCAUGCGAGCAUCGGCUUGGCGCCAUACGAGGCUCUUUAUGGCAGGAGUUGUAGGACUCCUCUCUAUUGGUAUCAAGAUGGGGAAGCGAUGUUGGUUGGACCAGAAUUGUUAGAGCAUACCACUAAGAAAGUGAGAACGGUGAGGAACAGGAUGCAAGCUUCUCAGAGUAGGCAGAAGGCCUAUGUAGACCGUAGGAGGAGACCUCUGGAGUUCGCAACUGGUGAUCAU